AAUCAGGUUACAUAUCAUUUGAGCACAAAAAUGGACGCAGGGCACCCGGGAGAAGAAAGAGAAGAACUGGUACUUUUCUCGGGUUAAUUUUCACUUGGACUCAAGUUCGUGGUCGACGGCUAUAUGUAGCCUACAUGGAAGUAGGCUAGUUUAUCUUUUUCUCUGUUGCCUUAUUUGCCCCUUUACGUCUACAAAUAACAAUUUACUGCUAACUUCCUGUCGGGGGAGAAGUUUUGCUAACAGCGGCUGUGACUUUGGAUCAUGGAGCAAACCAGCUUCGGCUGCCAGGUCUGCCUCACCAAAUACAGCAGGGUGCUUGAUUUGAAGAGUCAUGUGCACUCAAGCCUACAUCAACAGAAAAUGGCAGAAGUCUUCCAGAAAGAUAUGUUCGAGGGUCAGGGCUUCUUUCCAUACCUUAUUAUGAUCCAUCCGCGUGCCAGGCGUGACAUCAAACAACCCAUCAUAGGCUUGUCUCUGAUGACUCUGUGUUUCAGUCCAGAGACAGACCAAUCUUUUUACCUGUGCCAUGUCUGUGAGGAAAAGAGGCCACCAGACAAGAUUAUACACCACCUCUCUUCUAGUGACCAUUUCAGAAACUACUUUAACUACACAAACCCCAACGUGCUGAAUUUUGGCUGGAUCCCCAGCAUGGAUUCAAGAGUCUUUCUGAGGUCUGAGGUCAUAAAGGAAGUGAAAGAAAGGGGGCAAGGACAACUACAGUUGUUGGAUUUACCUAAAGAUCUGUUGAAUAGGCUUGAAAGAAGUACCUACACUGAAGUGAUGUGCAGUCUCGGUGAAAAUGACAAGCUUCUCAAGCUGCUUAAAGUUACCAAGCCAAAGAGGACAAUGAUACAAAGCUACCAAAGAGACAGCAACAGGAAGCAUCCACUUCUUGGCAUGCAGCACCUUGUUGAAUGCAUUUGUGUUGGGCCGACGGAGAAGAGAUACUACCUCUGCACGCUGUGCAACCUACCUUUGGCUGACCACACGAUCAUCAAACAUGUCCUGAGCUUUGACCACAUCUUUUGUUACUUUAGAGCGUGGCAUCCAUCUACUUUGCUGGCAAAGGAAUCCUACAUGGAUUACAACAAGUUUGCCCCCGUGUUGCUCAAUUUUGCAAAGCAGACGGAGGAAAUUCACAGGACUUCAAAUACUGAUAUGAAGCAAGUGAGCCUGGAGCCUGCCAAAUUCCCAUCGGUGAAUUUCGCUUGUUAUGCAGAAGCAUUGAAGGCACUGGAAUCCAUCAGGAUGGAAAACAAGGAGAGUGGCUUGAUUACAAGCAUCAAACCAGGGAACAAGCUGGUGUAUCGUGCUGCUUCUGUACCGUCAGGAGCAUUUUUGUACGAACUACGCUGUCAGAAUUGCAGUGUGAGCUUUGACCAUAAAAGUCAUUACUCCUCACAUUUGUUACAGUCGAGACACAAAGAGAUGUUAACUAAACUCUUUGGAGGUGCUGAUGGUUAUUGCCAAGAGUCGAAACUCAAUCUGGGUUUAUACCUUGAGUACCUCAAAGUGCGCUUGGGGAAAAAUCAACCAGUUAUUGGUGUACCCCUGGUUGUGAUGUGUAUCAGCACUCGGUUUCAGGAGGAACCUUUUUAUGUGUGCUUUGCUUGUGAGGAGUGUUUCUCCCAGUCCUUUCUCAUGCAACACUUUGACUCCCCAAAACAUCUUGUACACACGUUGCUGUACCAGAACCCCUGGCGGCUGCCUUUUGCGUGGAAGAAUCGUCUGGAUGUGGAAGUCUUGAGGUCAAUGGCAUGGGAAGAGGAAAAAGAAAAGGGACCAAAUCAGAUGACGCUGAAGGUAUUUGAUAUGCCACACAGGGUGUUUCAGAGCCUCAACCAACUGAGUUACUCAAAAGUGAUGGAGAGACUUAAUGUACACCGCGCUCACUUAAAGUGUGCAGUUCCACAGCGUGAAACUUACAGCAAACUCCAACAAAACGAAAGAUUUCCCCUGCUUGGUUUUCAGUUCCUGGUCAUGCACAACGUGUGUGUCAAACGGGACCAGCUAACAGAAUCAGAAACAGUGGGAUUCCUGUGUUUGCUCUGUAAGAGGCGGUUGUCAGACAAUGAAUGCUACGCUCAUGUGUUCAGUUGGGAGCAUGUUGCAACAUUUCUGGACCGUUUUCACCCAGGCUCCCAGAAUUCAAGCACAGAUGUAGAGACCUUAUUGGACUUGGCAAAACAGGCAACGCGUUUUCACCCCAUUUCACAUGCACGGGUAAUAAAGGUGAACAAGCCCAUUUGGGAGCCCUGCUCGUAUUCUAAAGCAACACUGAUCCUGGAAAGUGCAGCUAAGAGAGAAAAGAGAUGCCUCAUACCCCAAAUAAUGCCUAAAAAGAAGCUGGUCCCCAGACAAACCCUGAAAUAUGUGGAUAAGGACAUUCAGAAGAACAGCAGGAUGAUGGAGGAGGGUGAGGAAACUAGUCAAAAAUCUACAGACAAUAGUGAGAUGACCCUGAAAAAGAUUUCAGUAGAAGUUGGUGCUGAAGUCACCAAUACACACAGUGUAGAAACUCCUACACCAAGUGAAAAGGAAUCAGAGAAGAGAAGAGAGGUGUUUUCAAAAACUAGUUCAGAGGAGAUAAAGAAUGCAGGAAGUGAGACAUGCCAGGCGAUAAAGGAGAAGAUAGAAGACCUAAAGAAGAAGAUGGAAGACCAUGGAGUGAGAAAAACAAGUGGGCAGACACUAGAAAGCUGCACGGACACAGACAAGAAUUCGAGGGCAGAUAGCAAAGAUGUCCUGACACAGUUGACCCAGAAAAGGAAAAUCUCACAGGACACCUGUUCUGUUGAGACUGCCAAGCCGGAAAUGAGCCAUAAAAGGCAGCGGCUCGCCUCCAAAGACGACUCAUUCUGUGAAGAACCACAAAACUUGCCAAGUAACGAACACAAGGAGGUAACCACCCUAGACACGGGAGAAAGUGGCAAACCAAGUCAUGAAACUGCAAAGGACAAAGCAUCUUCUAACGUGAACCAUCAACAAGAUCAAUUGUGGCGGUAUGUCAAGAUGAAGAGCCGAGAUCCUGUGGUUGGCUUAAGUGCACUUCUUGAAUGCCAUUGCGAUGAGCGUGACCCCAUCUACUUUUGUGAGUGCUGCUCUCUGAAGAUCCCGGAGAAGGACAUCAUCACCCAUGUUACCGGACACCACCACCAGAAGAUCUACCUGGUGGGGUUACAGAGACUUCCACCCGCACCAUUGAUUAACCAGAGGGAGGAACUCAGACGUUUGGCGGCUUCAUUUGAACAAGAAAAUGGAUAUGGGGAGGCUCAGGUUGUUGAUCUGAAUGAGGAGAUUUACAAAAACAUCUCAAAGCAAAGCUUUGAACCAGCCAUACAGACAGUGAAGGCACUUCGGGAUCAGCAGCACAUUGGGCAUGAACUUCCUGUGGACACCUCGGCCACCCUUGAUGCUGAAAAUGAGCUCUGUCAGAUGGUGAUUGAUGAGACCCCCCUGACUGAUUCAAGAAGUAGUGAGGUCAAAACCGAAGGAACAACCAUUGGACCAUUAAAAAAAUCAACCACUUCCAAAUUGAGGGGGCCAUCACAAACGGCAGCAAAUCUGGAUUCUGCUGUAACUCACUCCACCAUUACAGCCGUCUCCAAGCUUCCAGUCAAAUCUUCCAGCUCUACUCCCGACACCACCGAAUCGACAGCACCCAUCUCCAAACUCUCAGUCGCCACCUACAGCUGUACUACAGCCACCAAUAAAUUGAGACAAACUGCCAAUGAAUGUACAGCAACCACAUCUAAAUGUACAGCAUCCUCGUCCACUCCCAGUGCCACCAUCUCAAGCACAACCUCAACCACAUCUAAAUGUACAGCAUCCUCGUCCACUCCCAGUGCCACCAUCUCAAGCACAACCUCAACCACAUCUAAAUGUACAGCAUCCUCGUCCACUCCCAGUGCCACCAUCUCAAGCACAACCUCAACCACAAAAUCUGCAACAUUGUCGAAACCACCGGAAAGAACUGGAGCUGCAGCCAAAGUUCCAGUGACUUCAUGUAAAGCUGUCACUGCCUCUAACGUGGAAUCCACAGUAUUGCCUGAAGCUUCCUGCAAAACUGCACCUGUCUCUAAAAUGGAAAAUGUCUCGAAAAAAUCUGAAAAUGCAUCCAUAACUGUGGUCACAUCUCAAAUUAUGAUGAAAUCUGUAGCCCCUGCUAGAAUAACUAAACCACCAGUUAAAUGUGAAAACACUCCAGCCUCUAUCAAGGCUGCACACCGGAGGAAUUCUGUGGGAUCAACUGUUGAUGAUGCAUCAAAGAUUCAUAAGAGUAAGACACUUGCCGCUCCCUACCUUAACUCCAGGUCUGAAAAUAAGACUCCACUACAUACUUCCACAAGUAAGACAAAGCCAAAGGAAACCUCUUCUAAAGUUGGCUUAGACCAGCUGAUCGUAGUGAGAUGUGGAGAAAGGAAGCGAGUCUACUGUAAGCUCUGUUUAGUUGUGUUGACAAGUUCCAGUCACCCAAUGGAAUUCACCCACCAAUUUAACUAUGUGAAAAAGCAGCACCCUGGGUGGAAUGCCCAGAAUGACAAGUCGUUUGAGUUGCGGAGCAAAUUGGCAAAGAUAGUGAGCUACUUGGCUGAGGUUGAGAAAAAUGUAGGAUCCCCAUCCAGUAAGGAAGUGGAGGUGAAGCUUGAAGAGUACAAAGAGCUGGCGGAUCUUCCAGUGGUCGAAGCUAUUGAAAGGCUGAAAGAAAAAAUGGAACCGAAAGAUUUGCAGGUCUUAUCACCCCCCAAAGCCAGUACUGCACCGGUUUUGAGACAGCAAAUUCCUUCUGCCAGUCCAUAUGGAGCUUCAAGCCCAGAUGACGAGAUGUACAUGCAACAGGACAAAAAACUUUCUGAUAACCAAUCAGAGCAGGAGAAAAAAAAUGAGCUCAAGGCACUAUUGAUCCAGAAUCCAGAAAUUGAAUCCAGUUCAAAAGAGGAAGGAACUCUUGCUGUCGGUCAGUCCGACAGAGCUCAGAGUGUAAAGAGUUCAGAGCCAGAAGCUGAUGACACAAUUUCAGACCAGCUUCCUUUGUGGCCGAUCUUGAAUAAAAAUGAGCCCAAUCCGAGCAUACAAGACGCUGGCAUUGCAGCAGGUCAAAUGCAGAAGCCCCUGGGUGCUGCUGACUCCACGGCCGGGUUCGCCCAAACCUGUGAUCCCGAGAAGAGACAGCAGCAGGAGAGAAGUGAUCCAAAGUUACAGGACACAGAGGUGGUGCUGGAAGGCAGCGAAACAGCAGAACGUGUAUCAAAUCACUCACAAGGGGAAAGUGCAAAGUGCUGCAGUAAUUUGUCUACAUACUUGAAGGUGUUGGAAUAUGGCCCAAUCAUAGGUCUGGGAUCUGUGUGGGAGUGUCGAGGGAUAAAGCAGAAUUCGUUCUACCUUUGUGGGAGAUGCAGGGAGACGCUCUCCGUCGGUGACAUCUGUCGACACAUGCUCAGUGAUGAGCACCAGCGCAAAUGCAUAAUCCAUGUGUUUCAGUGGAGGAAAUAUCCUCUGGAUCUGCACUUCUGGCUGAAGGACGAUCUGCUCCAAUGGAUGAAACAGGAACUUUUACAGGAAGUAGCCCAGAUGCUCUCAAAACAGGAGCAUUAUAACAAGAUAGAUGCACAGGUUGUUAUCAUGAGAAAGGAUGUGUAUGAAUAUGUCCGGAAAGCUCCGUUCGAUGAAGCUUUAAGAGUGGUGCAAAACAUCACCAAAGGUCUACCCAUCUGUACUCCACUUAAAGACCAGCAGCCUGAGGCCCGGCAGAGUCCAGAAGAAUCUUUUCCCAUGAAGAUGCAGCCAGCACAGGCACCUGAGAUGGGCCACGGUGGCACAGGAGCAAGACAAAAAACUGAGAAACAUAAUUUGGAAGAAACAGUUACAGCUUUGGAUGGGGUCAAACAAAGCACAGUCUUGAGUCGUCUGGAUGUGACUAGUGUCUCCUCAAAGCCUGCUACUGUUGUCUCUCAUUUCCCUGGGGCUAGAGCAUGUCUCAGUCCCCAAGAGCAACCAGAACCCAGAUGCCCAGUCUCACAGCACCAGAGGCCUUUCCCAGAGUUGCCGGUGAAACAGGCAGGGGGGCCCUCAGAAUCCCCACCUUCCUCUAUUGUUAGUCCUAAAACCCAGUCAGUGUCUUCUAGAGACAAAUAUCUUCUAACAGGUAAAAUUGGAAAAAGAAAACAAAAGACGAAGAAGAAGAAGAAAAAAAGGAAUGGACCAGCAGUUGGAUCCGUUGAAACACUGGCCAGAACUUUCACCAGUAAUCCCCAACUUGAGGAUCCUUUCAGUCAGCCAAACUCCAGAGCAGCUUCUGAGUCCACUUCUGUUAACCCUUCUGCAACCUCCAACCUUCUGUCUCCUAAGGACACAGGCACAGGACCUGGAUGUGAUAAACGGAUUGUGGACUUGACAGCCUUUACACAGCUAAUAGCUCUGGUGAGAGAGAAAAAGUCUCAGAAAAAUCUGUCCUCUUGCACGUCCACUCCAGGUUACAGUGAGACUACUGACUCCUGCGUUAACAAUUCAUCCGAAAAUGGUAUGAAAAGAAGAUGGGAUCCAAAAUCUUUGGAGACUACAGCAAAAAUGACCAAAAUAACAACAUGGGAUUUAAAGUGCCAUCCAUCCUGUGCUAACUUAGCAGAGAUGGUUUCAACAGCAGCUCCAUUGAUCUUGGGCAGCGAGAACCAACUCUGCACCCCUAAUGCCGACUUCGUCUUGGCCAAGAACUCAUCUCGUGGGGGCUCCGUUUCAACAAGUGGCAACCUUUUGCUCGGAGCAACAGAAACCAAUGCAGUCAGUACCAUGUUAGCUUCUGCCAGCACUGCUGUCCCCAGUGGCCCACAACGCCAGAAGAGCGUCGAUGCUCAGAGCAACUCUGGAAACAAGAGCCAGUUAAACCCUAGUUCCAUCCACUGUGAAGUCACUCACGAUGACCCAAGAACAAUACCACAGCCAAGAGGUUACACAGAGACUGACAAUACUGGGGUCCGUCAGUUGCCCAUUAACACCAUUGUAACUGUCAGGCAAACCCCCCAUCAGCAGCAGUUUAUGGUUGGCUACAAAGGACUGGAGGACCACACUGAGGUGAACAGGGUCAAUCGGGUCACUCGCAUCGUCUCCCCAGUUGGAACAGUAAGCCUUAGUGAUGCUUCAGUAGGAUAUGGUCAGUGCAGCCAGAUGGCCUAUGUCAUAAAUGGACAGUCAGGUUAUUUUUCUUCUGAGGCUGUUGGAAGUUACACAACACCCAACAACCCUCCGGUAUACAGUGGGAGUUCCUACCAAUGUGAGGGGCGCUCUACAAGGGAGUUCUAUCCAAGCCGGAUUUACCCAGAGCAGGAAGCAAACCGCUUCAGGAUGCAAUCAAUUGGACACGGUUUAGCAGCUCCACCGGUCCCAGAAAGGGUAAGGCUGAGCAUGCAGCAGUAUUCCUCAUGGACACGUGCGUCCUUGGCUGCUGGAGAUGGCAAAGUGACCAAUAAUGCUGCCUAUGUAGGCGCUGUUCCAUUCCCAAAUCCAGUCAACAAUCCAGAAAUAUCGAGUUACCUGAACGAAUAUAGCACCAGCAGUAUUGCUCCAACUCGGUACAGCAACCACUUAACACCGAACACUCCUCACUUUUACCUUAACCCUCCAGUCAUUAACAAUCCUGCUACAGCCAACACUGAAAUCAUGUCUCAGGCAUCUGCAAACUCCGUUUUUGCUUCUGGCACAGAGUAUUUUGUUGGAGCUCCCUUUGUGGUCAAUGUCACUCGUCCAUGAAACUACCAGUAACCCCAUGUGAACAAUCAAACCCAAGUUAUUUAUUAAUAAUGCUCUUUGUUUCUAGUAGUCGUAGUUAAGUUUAGACAGAUGAAAUCUUUUUAUCGGUAAGAUGCUCUACAGAAUGUUAAGCACAAUACGGAUCCUCCUUGCAAAAGAAUUAGAAUUCAACUUUAUUGUCAUUGCACUGUCACAAGUACAAGCAACGAAAUGUGGUUUACAUCUAUCCAGAAUUGCUAUACAGGGUAUAAAUAUAUGAGACGUAAAAGACGUCUUGUCUCAAGUUGUAUUAAGACCGAAGAUGUAUCAAAUCGAUUUAAAUUCCUGCAAGACCCAAAAAAAAAGUUUAAUAGUCUUUAAUUUUUAUGAGUUUUGUGUUGGAGUAGUAACAGGCUACUGUUAUCUUAGCUUAUCUUACAUUUUUUUAAAAGCAUAUGAAGCUUCUGUUUUUACCAUGUCAAUUGAAUUUUUAUGUUCAUGCAUUUUUUUUAAAUAUAUAUUUCCUGUAAAAUGCAGUUAUUCUGUUAAAUAUGAAAUAUAUAUUGUAUAUUUCUUCCAUAAAUCGGUCUUAAUUUCCCCUUUGGCUAACACAA